AUGGCGAAAUACCCCGAGGAGCCGAGAAACGUAAGUUGCCACGCACCGCCUUCGGGCCGCUGGGUGUGGAGGGAUGGAAGCCGGACAGUGGAGUUUGUCAGUUCUAGUCCAACGAGGGAGGGUGUUUUCAGGAAAAGGAGGCAAACAGAUGUCAAUUUCAACGAUCUUCAGCUGCGAUCAGAGUGGUUGGCUGAGGUCUACACGUUGAACCACAGAGGGCGCCAAAGCAUUAGAAAGAGCCUGAGCCCAGCUCAUCUUCAUGCUUACAGGUCCUCAGUGAUGAGGAGGCAAGGGGACCGCAUCACCACUGAUGAUGUUAAACAGGUGGCUGUCGGUUUGCUACAGGAGAAUCACUCGCUUCCCAUUCCGGUCCAUUUCUUGGCUAUAUUGAAGCGUAAAGAGCUUGAUGAAGUCCUGACUGCCCUUCUCCUUUACCUGUGGUGUUUCUUUGAAUACAAGUCUCUGGAGAAUACACCUAAGUCUUUAAUGGCUGUGGACAUCAUCACAGAGCAGAAGAUGAAGGCAGAGGCUUUGGCCAAAAAGGAGAUAGCACAAAAGAAGCUGGCUGUCUGUUACUUCAGCCUAACCAUGGACCCAGAGAUAGAACAGCAACAACACACAUCAUAUCACAAGGGCCGGAUGUCGUCAAAGAGCACGGAAUGGUUGCUGCAUGCGUGCUUGUACAGCUUCUUCUGUUAUGUGGCCUGGGUGACGUUUGGCAGGAGGGACCUGAGGGACAUACAAGAGGAGGUUGGGCGUCUUUUGUACUCUGACACCUUCAACACAGCAGUGAGGAAAAGGAGUGACGGGGGCUCAGGAAUGACCUUCACUACUAUUAAUGGUUCAGUGAAGACAGGAGAAGCUGAACCCAAGGAAACGGGAUGUAAAAACACAUUGAAGUAUAGAACGUCCCAGAGGCGUCCAGCCCUCAGCAGUAUAGUUAAUCAGCGAUCCCCACUGAUGGUAUCUCUGCUGCCGUCGCCCAAAGAACAGUCGCCCCAUCUGUUCCCCGGCAGCGGGGCCAGGAGGCAGAGCCCGCUGCCGGCCGAGCACUGCGACACCAAGGCCCUGACGGAGGAGCUCAACCAGAAGCUGGCCAGCGUCAGCUUUGGGAUUCUCGGUAAGCCAUCGAGACAGUUCAGCCGCAGCACCCUGAUACCCUAUGGAGAACAGACAAACUACAGAGUUGAGGAUGACGACCAUGAACCAGAGAGUGAUGUUAACAUCAGUGAGGAUCAUCAUGGCAUUCACGUCGGAGGUAGCAGGUCCUUCGUGGGACCCCAAGUCGAGAUAUGGCAGCACCACCCGCACAUAAACACUACAAACUCUGCAGCUACAAGUGAGGCAGUGACCUCAGAUACUGAAUGAUAGUACGUGUAAAAGUGGAAGAAUGUUUUGUGUGUGAAUUUUUAUUGGAAUAACACAGACAUUGCAUGUGCAUAGCCAUCCCAAUGCAUUCCCCAACACAGCCCACAGGGUCAAAAACAGAGAGAAAGACUCGGGUAGGAGCUAGAGUUUUCUUUCUGCUUUGCUCAUGUGUGGCUCAUAUUCAGAAGCACCUCCCUGGACUGUCA